UAUCCUGAUAGGUCUUUUUCUUCUUCAAUAAUAAUUUUGAUGUUACAUCUCGCUACCUAGCUCUCAAGAUAAUAAUUGGUUGAAGAAAAAAGAUAGAAAUUCGAGAUCGUGUUUUUAAUAAAUAAAGACGUGUUUGAACCCCAGACGUAAAUGAAAACACUCUUUCCUCUGUCUCUCUCUCUCUGUCUCUCGAUCUCUCUCUCUGUCUAUAAUCAUCCUCUGUUUAUUAUAUCAAGUCAAGAAGAUUUCUUGCUGUUCUUGGCUUGGGAGAGAAACUAUAAAGAGAAGAGGAUUAAUCGUAUAAGAGUGGUGAUGGAGGAAGGACUUCUUCUUUGGCAUCAAAACGACAGAGAUCAUCCUCGUAUCACAACUUGUGUUAUCUUCAGCACUUUUGUCGCUGUCUGUAGUUCCUUUAGCUAUGGAUGUGCUAAUGGUUAUACUUCAGGCGCUGAGACCGCAAUCAUGAAGGAGUUAGAUCUUUCUAUGGCACAAACAUUGUGGACAUGUGAUUUGUUCUGCAUUUUUGGCUGGCUCUCCAUUGCUUUCGCAAAGAAUGUCUUCUGGUUGGACUUGGGAAGAAUUUCCUUGGGCAUAGGAGUUGGCUUGAUUAGCUACGUGGUCCCUGUCUACAUUGCGGAAAUCACACCAAAACAUGUUCGCGGUGCAGUUACUUCUUCAACCCAGCUUCUUCUAAACAUUGGACUCUCGCUGGUAUAUUUUUAUGGGACUGUAAUUAAUUGGCGGAUACUGGCUAUUAUAGGUGCUCUUCCAUGUUUCAUUCAACUGAUCGGUAUAUACUUUAUACCGGAGUCUCCAAGAUGGUUGGCUAAAGUCGGUUCAGGCAAAGAAGUAGAAAGUUCUUUGCAUCGACUUAGGGGAAAAGACACUGAUGUUUCAGGUGAAUCCGCUGAAAUUCAGGUUAUGACAAAAAUGCUCGAAGAAGUUUCAAAGUCCAGUUUCUGUGACAUGUUUCAGAAGAAGUACAGACGAACUCUUGUGAUUGGAAUCGGUCUAAUGUUGAUACAACAAUUAUCUGGAGCUAGCGGUAUCACAUUUUACUCAAAUGCCGUAUUUAGAAAAGCUGGUUUUUCAGAGAGACUUGGGUCAAUGAUAUUUGGUGUCUUCGUGGCUUCUGCUGUAGGAAUAUCCAGCGGGUCCUUGCUUCUUGGGGUUAGCUUCACGUUACAGGUCUACUUUGGAUAUUUUGCAAUCGGUAUAGGAGGGCUACCUUGGGUCAUUAUGUCUGAGUUUCAGCAGGGACAAUCGUCGCUUUAACAUCGUGGACCACUGGGUGGUUCGUGAGUUACGCUUUCAACUUUAUGUUUGAAUGGAGCGCUCAAGGAACAUUUUACAUAUUUGCGAUGGUUGGGGGAAUGUCAUUGAUUUUCAUUUGGAUGCUCGUCCCGGAGACCAAAGGACAGUCACUAGAAGAAUUGCAAGCUUCGCUUACAGGGACAACCUAAAUAAACAUUACAUUGUAUAAUACCAUGUAAAAUUGUUUUAAAAAAAAAGCAAAUAUAAAAAUUAUUAUAUA